UGACACAGCAUGAUUGAAGAGCUCCUGCAGGCUCCUGCUUUGGCCUCCUGGUUGGGGCUUCUUGCAGGCUCGCUGGCCGUCUAUCUUUUGUACUCCAGUUGGACUUUCCAAGAUAAACAGAAGCGUCCUCCUGGGCCCAGACGUCUUCCUUUGAUUGGUAACCUGCAUCAGUUGGAUCUCGAGAGGGUUGAUAAGUCUCUUUUUAAGCUGUCUAAAAGGUACGGACCGGUGUUUACCAUCUACUUCGGACUCAAAAAAGUGGUGGUCUUGGCUGGAAGCAAUGCUGUCAGACAGGCUCUCAUCAACCAUGCUGAGGAGUUUGGGGAGAGAGAAAUCAGCCCUUUAUUCCACGAUUUUACCAAAGGCCAUGGCAUAGUAUUCUCCAAUGGUGAUGGCUGGAAGGAAAUGAGGCGUUUUACCUUAACGACUUUGAAAGAUUUUGGGAUGGGCAAGAGACUCAUUGAGGAGAAAAUCUCUGAAGAAUGUCACAACCUGAUUGAAGAGUUUGAAAAACAUAAAGGCAAAGCCUUUGACAACACAACCAUCAUGACCUACGCAGCUUCAAAUAUCAUUUCUGCCAUCAUAUUCGGAAAGAGGUUUGACUUCAAAGAUACAGUGCUGCGGGAUAUUGUGGAAAAUGACAAAGACAUCAUCCGUCUGUCUGGAACUGCUUCCAUCGUGAUCUACAAUACGUUUCCAAUGCUGGGUCCUUGGAUUAAAAACUGGAGGGAUUUAAUGAAGAAUAUAGAGGACUACAAGCAGAAUUUAUUGCAAUUAGUAAACAAACUAAGGGAGACUUUCAAUCCUGACAUAUGUCGGUGCUUUGUCGAUGCUUUCUGCACACGUACGCUGAGUCUGGAGGAGUCUGACGCUCAGAGUGUGCACUACCAUGAUGACAACCUGGUCAGCAGCGUGAUGGAUUUGUUUGGGGCUGGAACUGACACAACAUCAAACACUCUUCGCUGGAGUCUACUUUUAAUGGCCAAGUACCCUCAAAUACAAGAUCGGGUCCAGGAGGAGCUCAGUAGGGUGGUGGGAGACCGUCAGAUCACAAUGGAGGACAGAAGGAACCUGCCUUACAUCGAUGCUGUCAUCCACGAGACGCAGAGGUUCGCCAACAUUGUCCCCAUGUCCGUCACUCACAGCACCAGCAGAGACGUCACCUUCCAGGGAUACUUCAUUGAAAAGGGGACCACUGUGCUCCCUCUGCUGACAUCUGUCCUCUAUGAUGAGAGUGAGUGGGAGACACCAAACACCUUCAACCCUUCCCACUUCCUGGACGAGGAGGGUAAAUUCAUCAGGAGGGAUGCUUUCUUGCCCUUCUCUGCAGGCCGCAGGGCUUGUCUUGGGGAAGGUCUGGCCCGGAUGGAGCUCUUCAUCUUCUUCACACACCUCCUGCAGCGCUUUCGAUUCACCCCUGCACCCGGGAUGUCAGAGGACCAGCUGGAUUUGACACCAGUGGUGGGCUUUACACUCAGUCCUCUACCACACCAGUUGUGUGCUGUCAGUUGCCACUGAGGAGGAGUUGAUUAGAUAAAAUUAAAAGGAGUGUCUAAUACCUUUGCACUCACACUGUCAACUUAGGAUCAAUGAUUGACAUAGUUAACAUUAAAGGCCUACUGAAAUGCGAUUUUCUUAUUUAAACGGGGAUAGCAGGUCCAUUCUAUGUGUCAUACUUGAUCAUUUCGCGAUAUUGCCAUAUUUUUUCAGUAAAGAAAAGAUUUAGUAGAGAACAUCGACGAUAAAGUUUGCAACUUUUGGUCGCUGAUAAAAAAGCCUUGCCUGUACCGGAAGUAGCAGACGAUAUGCGCGUGACGUCACAGGUUGUGGAGCUUCUCACAUCUGCACAUUGUUUACAAUCAUGGCCACCAGCAGCGAGAGCGAUUCGGACCGAGAAAGCGACGAUUUCCCCAUUAAUUUGAGCGAGGAUGAAAGAUUUGUGGAUGAGGAAAGUGAGAGUGAAGGACUAGAGGGCAGUGGGAGCGAUUCAGAUAGGGAAGAUGCUGUCAGAGGCGGGUGGGACCUGAUAUUCAGCUGGGAAUGACUAAAACAGUAAAUAAACACAAGACAUAUACAGACUCUAUUAGCCACAACACAACCAGGCUUAUAUUUAAUAUGCCACAAAUUAAUCCCGCAUAACAAACACCUCCCCCCUCCCGUCCAUAUAACCCGCCAAUACAACUCAAACACCUGCACAACACACUCAAUCCCACAGCCCAAAGUACCGUUCACCUCCCCAAAGUUCAUACAGCACAUAUAUUUCCCCAAAGUCCCUAAAGUUACGUACGUGACAUGCACGUACGGGCAAGCGAUCAAAUGUUUGGAAGCCGCAGCUGCAUGCGUACUCACGGUACCGCGUCUGCGCAUCCAACUCAAAGUCUUCCUGGUAAGAAUCUCUGUUGUCCCAGUUCUCCACAGGCCAAUGGUAAAGCUUAAAUGUCAUCUUUCGGGAAUGUAAACAAUGAAACACCGGCUGUGUUUGUGUUGCUGCAGUCGCCCGCAAAACACCGCUUCCCACCUACAGCUUUCUUCUUUGCUGUCUACAUUGUUCAUUGAACAAAUUGCAAAAUAUUCACCAACACAGAUGUCCAGAAUACUGUGGAAUUUUGCGAUGAAAACAGACGACUUAAUAGCUGGUCACCAAGCUGUCCCAAAAUGUCCUCUACAAUCCGUGACGUUACGUGCCGGCGUCAUCAUACCGAGACGUUUUUCAGCAGGAUAUUUCGCACGAUAUUUAAAAUUGCACUUUAGUAAGCAAACCAGGCCGUAUUGGCAUGUGUUGCAAUGCUAGAUUUCAUCAUUGAUAUAUAAACUAUCAGACUGCGUGGUCAGUAGUAGUGGGUUUCAGUAGGCCUUUAAAAUGGAGUUUACCUUGUCUAAAAUACCAAAAGACUGCAAAUAAUGACCAAAAUGUGACAUAUGAAUGACUUUCAUAUAAUCAAUAUACCGUUACUUUUCUGUAGUUAGAGAUUCAUUUGUAAUUGUAGUAAAUCAGCCUUAAACGAUGCAUUUUAUUUUCUUAUUUGUGAUUCACAUCAUAAACCAAUAAGCUAAUUCAAAUUUUAGUUGUCCUGAUAAUGUCACAACCUCUCCUUUUUAAUGCAAUGUUCCCUUUAAAGUCACACGAAAGACAAAACCCAAUACUCACUUUAAAAGUUCCAAGUCAAAACGGUAUGCGUUUAUAUUUUGUAUAUUGAAUUGAGUCUAUGAAUAAUUUUUGGCGUUUAACCUUUUGUAAAAAAUUACAAUAAAACAAAACAAAACAACAA